AAACAUCUUCGGAAAAGCACUCGUGGAUCAGAUUCUAAGAUGUUUCUUAAAACUGAUGUUUCUGAUGAAGAUGAUCAGUGCGAUUCCGUUCCGUCUGGAAUAAUCUUUAUUCUCUGCAGCAGUAGUUCAGAAGAAGACAAAGAACCGUUGAGUUUCAUUGCUGAUUCGUCAGACCGUGUAUAUUGGCCACCUAGAGAAAGCACUGCAUCAGUUGCACCUUGGUGUCGCCGAAAAUAUUCUCUUUCUUUUUGUGGAUUACAUGAAGAAUUAAUUGAUUUGUAUGAGUGGUUGAAACCAUCGCCACUUGAGAAAGCUCUACGAUUCUGUGUUUUUGAACGAGUUCGCGAAGUUCUUCAAAGAAUCUGGCCAACAGCGAAAAUUGGUAUAUUUGGAAGUUUGUACACCAACUUAUUUUUGCCUUCAUCAGACAUCGAUGUUUUUGUGGAAAGUGACUCGUUGAGUGAAGAUUUGCUUCUUCAGAAAACAGCAGAAACUUUGAAAGGAUGUGCGUUCGUAAAAUCUAUAUAUGUUCUAAACAAAGCGUUUGUACCUAUUGUAAAAGUGGUCGACAGAGAUACGCAGAUAUAUCUUGAUAUAUCUUUCAACACUUCUCACGGUAUUCGUGCUGCUCAGUUAAUUGAAGAAAUGAAAAUACGAUAUCCUGUAUUGGAGCCUUUGGUAUUAAUUCUAAAGCAGUUCUUAAUGCAACGGAAUUUAAAUCAGGUUUUUAGUGGUGGAUUGUCGUCAUAUGCCCUCAUUUUAAUGUCAGUUAGCUUUCUUCAGCUGCAUCCAUCAUACGAUUAUACAUUUAAAUCAAUAAAAGAAGUGAACAUGGGAUUGCUUUUAAUGAGUUUUCUUCAACUUUAUGGACAAGAAUUUAAUUAUAUGCAAACUGCUUUAAGUAUUCGCAAUGGUGGAGCAUACGUUAGCAGAGACAGAAUUUUAGCACAGAUGAGCAAAACAUCUAAUUCUAUGUUGUGCAUUGAAGAUCCUCUAUUACCAGAUAACGAUAUCGGACGUUGUUCGCAUAAUAUCCAAUUAGUGCGACAAGCCUUUCAACAUGCUCUAUCUACGUUAUGUUCUGUGUUUAUCAAGUCACGUGAACAUUCUGCUUUAUGGCGCUCCAGUUACUGCGGUUCAAUUCUAUCUCUUAUUCUGCAUAUACCAUCUCAUAUAAUCUACUAUCGAAAUUGGUUAAAGGGGCGUGUUGUAUCAGAUGAGUCUUCACCUCCACUAUUGUCUGAUUCUUCUUCACCGGAAUCUCUUUCACCUGUAUUUCUGAGUUCUUCUAUCAUUCCUCACUCUCUAAGCCGGAGUUUUUAA